CAAGGAAAGGACCGCGUGUAGUAGUGUAGAAAUGUCUUAGGAAUUACGAAUAUCCCUGUCCUCCAUGGUUCGCCGAUAGCCUCCAGUGGUAACCUUUUUUUUUAGAUUCUAGUACGACAAAUGCAUAUAUGCGUGAAUAUAGUGAUUCAAUAUAUAUAUAUGACGUACGCUCAAUACACUGUGGGCAAUAUCUUCAUCGAGUUUCUUCCACACCGCCCUUUUGUUGUUCUUCCAGAAUCUAUCAAUCAUUGUGUUCUCUCUACAGUCAAAUGAAACCCCUCAUGGCAACCCCGCCAUUUCUGCAUGCCAAAGCAGAUAUCAUCCUUCGAUCGUCCGAUGGGAUUGAUUUUCGUGUGAUCACACUCUUCCUGAAUCUCGCCUCGUCGUCUUUUGACUCUAUCAUCGAGCAAGCGGCACAGUCAAACCAGGUCGAAGGUGAUCUGCCCAUUGUGCCCGUGGAAGAAAACCACAGAGUCCUCGACAUCUGGCUCAGAUUCUGCUACCCUUCUACUCUUGCAGAGGAUCCUCCUCUACAUGAGAUUGAAGAUAUUAUACCUGUCCUUGAAGUAGCCAGGAAAUAUUCUCUGCAAACGCUCGAGCACAAAGCUCGUCAAGCGCUUAGAAGCCGCAUGGAGAAAGAGCCUUUGAGAUGCUUUGCGAUUGCAAUGAGUGCUCAGCUCAAUGUUGAAGCCACGCUCGCUGCAGAAUAUACUCUCCGUCAAUCUCUCAUUCCUACGAGCGUUCCAGAAAUUGACCUCAUCACAGCCAAGGAGUUGCUCGCACUACUCACCUAUCAUCAGAGGUGCGGGAUAUCGGUGCAAUCCUUGGGGCUGGAUCUAUCCUGGAUCACCAACAGUUACCUCAUUUCGAAUGCAACAGGAUACCAGUGGAUCGUUCAAAACGGCUCCUGUAACUGCGAGUCCGGCAGUCGAUUCUUGCUCGAUGGUCAACGACCAUUGAAAUGGUGGAGUGAUUAUAUGGAAAAAAGUCUGGCAUCUUUAUACGACAAACCAUCUGGCCACACGGUCCUUGAGGGGGUCGGCGACGCAGUACGGGGCGUUCGAGCUAUUGGUUGCUCGUAGUGCUGCUCUAAUAUCCUGGUGAAUAUGACGGGAUUUGCCGAAUUUUUUAGCAGGAUGGUUGACAUAUUGACGGCAGAGGUUGAUCUGGACGUGGAUUUACUUAAACCCUUUACUCCGGCCCGAGUUGCCCUAUCAACGAAGGCUCGGAUUUUCAUGGGGGCGAGUGGUCUCGACGCUGAGCCUUCCGUUGCG